AUGCUUCCCCCCCACUGCUGCAACCUAGCUAGAAAUCUCUCUCUUCCGCUAAUUUCUAGGGUUUCGAGAAGGCCAGUGAGCUUUUCAGUUUCCCUAUCGCAAGCUGCGAGUGUUUCCUGUGCAGCUGAGCGGAGCACCGCGAUUGAUCCCGCCGGCCGAGCAAUCGAUACUAGGGUUCUUCCCGGGCUAGUUUCCCGCAGAGGUAGAGGACAAAAGACACCAGUAGGAAAACGGAUGGGUUUUAGGUCCAAUUUCUCUUCAUGGGAGGAAUCUGCGGAGGCCUAUUUUUCAAGAAAUGGAGUAAAGUUGAGAGAUGAGAGGGAGGAUGGGUAUAGAAGAAGAAGAAGUUUGGGAGAUCCAGAGUCUGAGAAUGGAGUUUCUGCGGAGGUGCGAGAGGAAGAGACUCAGGGGAAGCAGGAGCUAGUUUCCAAAUCUGCUGAUUCUCCUAGAUGGAAUCGAAUCAAGAACAUGCACAGAGAUUUCUCCGAUUCAAGCUCUCGAUCCGAGAAACCAGAUCUUCGCCGCUGGAAUAAGCGGGAAACCUGGAGCAAACCUAGAUCGAAAGAAGCCACGGAGACUUCUGUGCCUAAAAUGGUUGGUCAGUGUGUUUACGGGGUUGGUCCCGUUUUGGCCGCGCUCACGGCGGCUAGGAGAGAAUUUCACGCCCUUUAUGUUCACAUGGCUGUGGAUGGUGUCAAUGGAGACAAUGGAGAUGAAGAUGAAGAGAUGGAUCAGAAGUGUUUUGGUGAAGAUUUAGAUUCCUUUCUUGCUGUGGAGAGCUUGAAUGUUAGUGUUGCAGCUGGUGUGCUUCUCUACCAUUUGGUUGGGGAUGCUAAGCAUCCAUCAGUGGAGAAGAUGAAGAGGAUUUCCAGCUGA